AUGGCUGGGAUGAAAAGAUGUGGAUUUGGUGUAGAGGGAUUAACCACCGCAGGCCGUUCAAAUCACAACCGAUCAAAGUCACUUAGAUUAGGAAUGAAAAAAAGAUCUGAAGGACUAAUGACAUUUGGUCGAUCAUUGAGAUCUGGAGUCACCCGGGCAAUGUUCCCUGAAGAUCUUGAAGUGUCUGAGAAGAAGAUAUUUGAUCCUCAAGACAAGUCUCUCCUUUUCUGGAACAAGCUUUUGCUCAUAUCAUGUAUUAUUGCAGUAUCCAUUGAUCCUUUGUUUUUUUAUCUUCCCAUUUUCAAGAGUGAAGAUAUGUGUCUUCAUAUAGAUGAAAGCUUAGCAUACACGAUUACAACUCUGCGGACGGUAGUUGACAUUUUCUACAUCAUACGCAUAUUUCUCCAGUUCCGUACAGCUUAUAUUGCACCGUCGUCUCGCGUUUUUGGGCGAGGUGAACUUGUAAUAGAUCCUGCAGAUAUAGCAAGCAGAUAUUUACAUCGAUUUUUCAUCGUGGACCUUAUUUCCGUGCUACCUUUACCACAGAUUCUGGUGUGGAGAUUUCUUCAUAGAUCGAAGGGUGCAACUGUAUUUGCUACAAAACAAGAUUUGUUGCGCAUUGUCAUUAUUCAAUAUUUUUUUAGGUUUUGGCGGGUUUUACCUUUAACUUCAGAGCUGAAGAAGUCCGCUGGUGUCUUUGCCGAAACUGCCUGGGCUGGUGCUGCAUUUUAUUUAUCAUGGUUUAUGCUAGCUAGUCAUAUUCUGGUGUGGAGAUUUCUUCAUAGAUCGAAGGGUGCAACUGUAUUUGCUACAAAACAAGAUUUGUUGCGCAUUGUCAUUAUUCAAUAUUUUUUUAGGUUUUGGCGGGUUUUACCUUUAACUUCAGAGCUGAAGAAGUCCGCUGGUGUCUUUGCCGAAACUGCCUGGGCUGGUGCUGCAUUUUAUUUAUCAUGGUUUAUGCUAGCUAGUCAUAUAAUAGGGGCUCUCUGGUACUUACUAGCAGUGGAGCGUAAGGAUGCAUGCUGGGAGAAAGCUUGUAAUGAUAAUCCUGGAAACUGUAGUGUAAACGACUUGUAUUGCGGAGAGAAGGAUAUAAACUAUUUAAAAGCAUGGAAAAACUUCAGUCAGGCCGUUAUUAAUCCAAGGUGCUCCAUUAACGAAGAAGAUCCACAAUUCAAUUAUGGGAUCUUUGAAGCAGCUUUAUCAUCUGGUUUAGUCGAAUCCGAGGAUUUUGUCUCUAAAUUUUUUUACUGUUUGUGGUGGGGCCUACAGAACUUGAGUACACUUGGUCAGGGGCUUUUAACCAGUACAUAUCCAGGCGAAGUUAUCUUUUCAAUGUUAGUGGCCAUUCUUGGGCUCGUCCUUUUUGCUCUUCUGAUUGGUAACAUGCAGACCUAUCUUCAGUCGCUUACGCUUCGGCUCGAAGAGAUGAGGAUCAAACGGCGUGAUUCCGAGCAGUGGAUGCAUCACAGAUUACUCCCACAGGAGCUCAGAGAAAGAGUUCGCCGCUACAAUCAAUACAAGUGGCUUGAAACAAGAGGUGUAGAUGAAGAGAGCCUGGUCCAGAAUCUACCGAAAGACCUCAGGAGAGAUAUCAAGCGGCAUCUCUGUUUAAACUUGGUGAGAAGGGUUCCUCUGUUUGCAAAUAUGGAUGAACGUUUGCUUGACGCCAUUUGUGAGCGGUUGAAACCAAGUUUAUACACAGAGAGCACUUACAUAGUCCGGGAAGGAGAUCCAGUAGACGAAAUGCUCUUCGUUAUUCGUGGGCGUAUGGAGAGUGUAACUACAGAUGGUGGGAGAAGUGGAUUUUUCAACCUAGGCUUCUUGAAAGAAGGAGAUUUCUGUGGGGAAGAGCUCCUGACAUGGGCGCUGGAUCCUAAAUCUGGUGCCAACUUACCUCCAUCGACUCGAACUGUCAAGGCUUUAACAGAGGUGGAGGCUUUUGCAUUGAUAGCUGAUGAAGUGAAAUUCAUCGCCAGUCAGUUUAGGAGACUUCACAGCAGGCAGGUUCAGCAUACUUUCCGGUUUUACUCGCAGCAAUGGAGGACUUGGGCUGCCAUCUUUAUACAAGCUGCAUGGCGUCGGUAUUCCAGGAGGAAAGUUGUAGAACUAAAUCGAAAUGAAGAAGCUGUGGAAGAAGAAGAUGAAGAAAGUGCAUUGAUCAGGAGCAAUACAUCGAGACUUGGUGCAACCAUGUUAGUAUCACGGUUUGCAGCUAAUGCUCUCCGUGGAGUUCAUAGGUUUCGAAGCUCCAGAAGUUCCGGGAGCUUCACGAAACCGCAGAGACCUCCGGAGCCUGAUUUUGCUGAAGAUUAACCAACCUACUUGGUAUUGUAGAGAUGGUACUCAUGCCG